AUGUUUGACAUGGAAAUUGCGGUUGAAGAAAACGCUAAGCUAAAUCAGACUAAGGGAAUUGUCACAUGCGCUGACCUUAGAUACGCUUCUGAAGAGGAAAUAAUGGAAGAUCUGGAGAAACAAGGAGUUUGCAAGAUUGAGGUCAUGAUGAUCAAGAGGGACGGCAAAUUGAUUUCUACCAGCAGUUUUAUCCUCACGUUCAAAUCCACUGGAAUUCCUGAGACUGUUAAUGUUGGUUACCAUGCACUACGUAUUGAGAAUGAGAUUAAGAAUGAGAAUUAUAAUGACAAAGGCGAGAGAGAAGCGAGAAGCGAGAAGCGAGAAGCGAGAAGUGAGAAGCGAGUAGCGAGAAGCGAGAAGCGAGAAGCGAGAAGCGAGAAGCGAGAAGCGAGAAGCGAGAAGCGAGAAGCGAGAAGCGAGAAGCGAGAAGCGAGAAGCGAGAAGCGAGAAGCGAGAAGCGAGAAGCGAGAAGCGAGAAGCGAGAAGCGAGAAGCGAGAAGCGAGAAGCGAGAAGCGAGAAGCGAGAAGCGAGAAGCGAGAAGCGAGAAGCGAGAAGCGAGAAGCGAGAAGCGAGAAGCGAGAAGCGAGAAGCGAGAAGCGAGAAGCGAGAAGCGAGAAGCGAGAAGCGAGAAGCGAGAAGCGAGAAGCGAGAAGCGAGAAGCGAGAAGCGAGAAGCGAGAAGCGAGAAGUGAGAAACGAGAAACGAGAAACGAGAAACGAGAAACGAGAAACGAGAAACGAGAAACGAGAAACGAGAAACGAGAAACGAGAAACGAGAAACGAGAAACGAGAAACGAGAAACGAGAAACGAGAAACGAAAAACGAGAAACGAGAAACGAAAAAUGA